AGAGAACAACAGACGCUGGUUUCUUUCUGGGUCUCAUAUUUGGAAAUCUUCUUAAUAGAUACAUUUUCAGUUGAGCGCAGCCAAAUUUCUCUAACAGAUUUUCUGGACAUCUCUCUGUUUUCUUGAUACUACAUCACAUUAUCAUCAUCAUCUCUGAACGAACGCACGCACGCACUUACGCACCCACCGCAGGUUCCAAUCACUUUCCCUCUCCUUCCUCUGUUCCAACUGUUGUCAUUUCCUUCUGAUUUUCGGUUUUUGUUAGAAUUCCAGUUUUGUUUCUUACAUCUUUCAUACUGGUUUCCACUCGUACCAUUAAUUUUUUUUUUACUCUUGAGAUUUUCGGCUUAAACUUAGAUUAGAUCUAAAAAUAAAGUGAACACGGACAGAUUACAGGUACAUACCUGUAUGCUCUGCUAGUGCUUGGGGGUCAGGGAGAAUCCCAUUCUUUCUGUGCAAAUGCCGAACAUACAUAGCAGGUCAAUUCCUUGACAAAAUCUCAACCCCAAGACACAAGAAAAUUGAAAAAAAAAAAAAAAAUGAAGAGAUUAUGGAGGGUACAAGUGCUGCAACACGGCAUCUUUACUUUGUUUCUGCUGCUCCUAGUCCUCACUUGGACACAAGCCAAUGAUGAUGCGCUCAUGUUGAUGGCUUUCAAGAAAUUCUCUGUUACCUCAGAUCCUCAUGCUGUCUUGGUUAACUGGACUGAUACUUCUUCCAGCCCCUGUUCCUGGUAUGGAGUCACUUGCUCUCUUGAUGGCCGUGUUUCCACUCUCGACCUCAGCUAUGCAGGUCUUGUUGGGAGCCUGCACCUCCCUAAUCUCACCGCCAUGUCCGCCCUCGUCCGUUUCUAUUUGCAAGGGAAUUCCUUUUCUGCGGGGGAUCUCUCUGCCUCAUCCUCCUGCAUGCUCGACACCCUUGACUUGUCCUCCAAUAACUUCUCCGACCCCCUCCCGGGCCAAGGGCAAUCCUUCUUCUCUUCUUGCGAUCGUCUGGCUUAUGUUAAUAUGUCUCGCAAUUCAAUUCCUGGGGCUGGGGGUAAUUGCCAGAGCCUCAUUUGGCUUGACUUAAACAGCAAUGCCCUAUCUGGAAAUCUACCACUUGAGCUUGCCAACCAAACUGGCGCGGUCCUGGCUAACGUUGUUUCCGGAAAGCAAUUUGCGUUCAUAAGAAAUAAGGGUGGAACAGCAUGUAGGGGUGCUGGAGGUUUGCUUGAAUUUGAGGGGAUACGAGCAGAGAGGCUUGAAAGUCUCCCAAUGGUUCAUUCUUGCUCAUCGACCAGAGUUUAUUCUGGCUAUACUGUUUAUACUUUUUCUAGUAAUGGUAGCAUGAUCUACCUUGAUCUCUCUUACAACUCCUUGUCCGGAACUAUUCCUGAGAUUUUUGGUGCACUGAGAUACUUGCAAGUCUUGAAUUUGGGACACAACUCGCUAACUGGAGAUAUUCCUGACAGCUUUGGAGGUUUGGAAGCUAUUGGAGUUUUAGAUCUCUCUCACAAUCAUCUUCAGGGCUAUUUGCCAGCUUCAUUGGACACUCUUAGUUUUCUCAGUGACCUUGAUGUUUCCAACAACAACCUCACUGGUCCAAUCCCCUCUGGAGGUCAGCUAACCACUUUCCCAGCAUCCAGAUAUGAGAAUAAUUCAGGCCUUUGUGGGGUACCAAUGCCUCCGUGUGGCUCUGGAAGCCACUCAACAGACGUACAUACUCGGGGAAGAAAGCAAUCUGUGGCAACGUUAAUGGUGAUUGGCAUCAUAUUCUUGAGUAUCCUUGCAAUUAUAUUAGCAGUAGUAAUCGUCCGAUUCCCAUUACAAUCGAGAGAAUUACGACGAGAUGGAGAGAGUUAGAGAGAGAUAGGAGAGAGAGCAAUUGCUUGCAAUUGGUAGCAGAAAGACUCUCCAACCCAAAUCCAACCUCCUCCCUUAGGAUUCGACUUGAGAUCGGAAAUGCACUUAUUUUUGCUUUGUGGUGGGCGUAUUCGCUCCAAGCCCCUCAGACCCAUGUGUACACAAAAAAUCUGGGACCAACAAUAACAAAACAGUGGUUGCAUU